AGAGAGGGGGAGGGAUAGAGGCGGAGAGAGAGGGGUGCCAGUGCACUGUCAGAGCUCAGACGCUGUAGAUCUCCGGGUGUUUCUGUGACACCCUCUUUGUUUGGGCACGAGAGAAGGGGGAUUAUGAGAGCGAGCAUUUCACAUCUGGCAACUCUGCGCAUCUCCUGAAAUCCUGCGGGAAGAGAGGAAAUGAAAAUGUUCUCUUUGCCAUGAGAGAAAACCCAAGUGCGAGCUUGAAUUGCUCUCUCUCCCAGAGUGCGAAGCCCUUUGUCCUGUGAGGAGAAGCUUCUCCCAGACCAUUGCAGCUCUGUGGUCGCCAGCAGGGCCGGGUUCUUUUGCGGAUGACCAAGAACAGGCUGCAAUUAGGAGGCAGCCACUUCGUCUGGACAUCUGCUUGGGCUCUAGAGCAAUGUCUGAAGGUCAGAAGUGAACUGGAGGCACAGCUAGUGUGAGGGGGCCCGUCCCAGCCACCUGUGCCCCGGGGGGACAGCUGUGCCUCUGGACCAUGGGGGAUGGCGGUGUCGGAAAUGGAGGAGAGUCGGUGAACCAGUCCCAUGUCCUCUUCGACCGCUUUGUCCAGGCGACCACCUGCAAAGGGACACUUCGGUCCUUCCAAGAGCUAUGCGACUUCCUAGAGCUGAAGCCCAGCGAGUACCGCAUCUUCUACCACAAGCUCAAGUCUAGGCUGAACUACUGGAAGGCCAAGGCCCUCUGGGCCAAGUUGGACAAGAGGGCCGGCCAUAAAGACUAUAAAAAGGGCCGUGCCUGCACCAACUCAAGGUGCUUGAUCAUCGGUGCGGGACCAUGUGGCCUCCGGACGGCCAUAGAGCUGAGCUUCCUGGGAGCCAAGGUGGUGCUGCUGGAGAAGCGGGAUGCCUUCUCGCGCAACAAUGUGCUGCACCUCUGGCCCUUCACGAUCCAGGACCUGCGUGGCCUUGGGGCGAAAAAGUUCUAUGGGAAGUUCUGCGCUGGAGCCAUUGACCACAUCAGCAUCCGCCAGCUCCAGCUGAUUCUGCUAAAGGUCGCUUUGCUGCUGGGCAUAGAGAUCCAUGUCAACGCUGAGUUCAAGGGGUUAGUCGAGCCACCAGAGGACCAGGAGAAUGAGAGGAUAGGAUGGAGAGCUGAGGUUUCCCCAGGGACACAUCCUGUGAAUGAGCUGGAGUUUGACGUUGUCAUUGGUGCAGAUGGUAGAAGAAACACUCUGCCUGGGUUCCGUAGGAAGGAGUUCAGAGGCAAGCUGGCCAUCGCCAUCACGGCCAACUUCAUCAACCGCAACACCACGGCUGAGGCUAAGGUGGAGGAGAUCAGUGGCGUGGCCUUCAUCUUCAACCAGAAGUUCUUCCAAGACCUGCGGGAGGCCACAGGAAUCGACCUGGAAAACAUUGUCUACUACAAAGAUGACACGCAUUACUUUGUCAUGACUGCCAAAAAACAAAGUCUACUGGAGAAGGGAGUCAUCCUGCAUGACCAUGCCGACACGGAGCUGCUGCUCUCCCGGGGCAACGUGGACCAGGCUGCCCUGCUGGCCUACGCCCGCGAGGCUGCCGACUUCUCCACCAACCAGCAGCUGCCCACGCUGGACUUCGCCAUUAACCACUACGGGCAGCCGGACGUGGCCAUGUUCGACUUCACCUGCAUGUACGCGUCUGAGAACGCGGCGCUGGUGCGACAGCGUAACGGGCACCAGCUACUGGUGGCACUGGUGGGGGACAGCCUGCUGGAGCCCUUCUGGCCCAUGGGCACGGGCAUCGCCAGGGGCUUCCUGGCAGCCCUGGACUCGGCCUGGAUGGUGCGCAGCUGGUCCCAGGGCACCGCGCCGCUGGAGGUGCUGGCUGAGAGGGAGACCAUCUAUCGCCUCCUUCCUCAGACAACCCCCGAGAAUGUCAGCAAGAACUUCAGCCAGUACAGUGUGGACCCUACUACACGCUACCCCAACAUCAACCUCCAUUCCCUCAGGCCCAACCAGGUGCGACACCUCAUAGACACAGGGGAGUGCAGGGACCCACGAAUUGAUAUGGAGAAUGCAGUCAAUGGUUUGACACCCAAGCUAACACGAAACGAAUAUGGUCAGCUUGAGAACAUUUUGGAAGACUCCAUCGCCCGAUCCAGCAAGCUGCUGAGCUGGUGUCAGCGACAGACACAGGGCUACCGGAAUGUCAGCGUCACCGACCUCACCACGUCCUGGAAGAGUGGCCUGGCCCUGUGUGCCAUCAUCCACCGCUACCGGCCCGACCUCAUUGAUUUUGACUCCCUAGAGGAGCGAGACCUGGAGAAAAACAACCAGCUAGCUUUCGAUGUGGCCGAACAGGAGUUUGGCAUCUCGCCCAUCAUGACUGGCAAGGAGAUGGCAUCAGUGGGGGAGCCCGACAAGCUCUCCAUGGUCAUGUACCUCAGCCAGUUCUAUGAGAUGUUUAAGGACACGGUGCCCCCUGGUGAGAACAACAACCUCAGUCCAGAGGACAAGGCAGCCCUGAUUGCCAGCACAAAGUCUCCGAUUUCCUUCCUGAGCAAACUUGGACAGAGCAUCACCCGCAAGCGUAAUCCCAAGGACCAGAAGGAGCUGGAAGGCAAGAGGAGGAGAACCAGCCUCACCGAAGAUGAGGGGUUCCCGAGGGUCCGUUGUGAGGACCGGCCCGGUCUGGCCACCACCCUGACGGAGCGCCGGGUUGAUGCCGUAGCCGGCGGCAACAACAACAACAAAGUGAAGUCCAUGGCGUCCCAGCUGCUGGCCAAGUUUGAGGAGAACGCCCCUGUGCCUUCCUCAGGCCUGAAGAGACAGACACGGGGGGGCUCAAUGCCCAACCUGGACUUUCUGCUGCCUGUUUCUUCAUCGCUCGUGUCCCAGAAUGAUCCGCUGUACCUUGUCCACAUCCCCGCCUGGAGAAAGGCCAGAAGCUGUUCCGGCUCGCGGAGCUGCCCUAAGAAAAUCAUUCUACUCUCCUCCUCUUCCUCGCUCUCUCUUCAUGCGCAGGAGCCACAGCUCCCCCUUGAGGACCAAACAGCUACAUACACCCCUAAUGUCUAUCUGGCCUCUAAGUUUAAAGACAAGCCUGAGAAGCCACAGCCCAUGAAAAAACCCUCGCGCUCCUUUUUAGAGCAGUGGUACCAGUCUCAGGGUCUCAGUCCCGGCAGCCCUUCCCUUUCCCAUGAUUCCCUCUGUCAGGAGUCGCAGGUCCCCUCCUCAGAGGACCAAGUGUCUGCACACAUCCCUAGCGUUAAGGAGAGGGCCGCCUGUCUGGCCUCUGCGCUUACAGACAAGCCUGAGAAGCCACAGCCUUUCAAAAAGCCUUCAUGCUUCUUUAUCGAGCGGUGGCACCUGUCUCGUGGUCUGCGCUCUGCCCGUGUCCUGUCCUCCUCGAACGCCCUUCGACAGAGCUAUAUUAAGAUGUACACAGGGGGAGUGAGCUCAUUGGCUCAGCAGUUAGUCAAUCAGCUUCAGAAUCAGGAGGAACCCAAGACCCUCCUUAACAAGAAGGAUUUGUGCUCCCUGCGGAAGGAGUUUCCACAGAACAUAGGAGGCAGCGAUGUCUGCUACUUCUGCCAUCGGCGGGUCUAUGUCAUGGAGCGUCUGAGCGCUGAGGGCAAGUUCUUCCAUCGCAGCUGCUUCAAAUGCGACUACUGUGGCACCACGCUGCGCCUGUCGUCCUACGCCUUUGACCUGGAGGACGGGAAGUUUUACUGCAAGCCUCACUACUGUUACCGCCUGUCUGGUCAAGCGCAGAGGAAGAGGCCAGCUCCCGCCACCCCGCUCAUCACCAAGGAAAACAAGGUCACCCCGUCCGCCCCCAAUGCAGUAGACUCCUCGGGACGGGCGAUGGCCACCGUGUCCCCUGGAGAACUCCGGCCCCCAGUGGCAGAGGUAAACGGUGUCCUGGAGGCCGGCCUGGCCAAGCGUCCACGUGGCACACCGGAGCGCAUCGAGCUGGAGAACUACCGGCUGUCCCUGCAGCGCGAGGAGGAGCUGGAGGAGGUGCCAGAGGAGACGCUGGCCGAGCACAACCUCAGCAGUGCUCUGGACAAGGUCACGGACGCGGAGGAAGCCUCCAGCUCGGAGUCAGAGAUGGAGGGAGAGGAGGAGGAAGAGGAGGAGCCAGAGCAGCAUGGGCAGCAUCCCGGUGCCCGGGGCUCGAAGCGGGCAGCCUGGGAAGAGACCCCACAACCUGAGGAGAACCUGGCUGAAGUGGGUCCACCAGACAUGGGGGAGGCUGGGCCAAAGGGGGACCGAGAGGAGGAUCAGGAGGAGGAAGAGGAUAUUGAGGAGGAGUCCAGUGAUGAGGGGGAGUACUGCCCUUGGGAGAUGGAGCUGCACUCAGGCCUGUGGCUUGAGAGCCUUGUGGAUGAAGAGGACACUGGUACUUUCAAAGCCGGGAACCUGCGCAUCCAGCAAGCUCUGCAGCCCGUCGACCCUCUAGCCGACACCCGUCCAGGCCACGCCCAGGCUGAGGACCCCCAAGGGGGGGCCUCAGCCGAGGCCUCUGGGCCGUCGCUCUCCAAAGCCCCCGCCCCCCCAUCUGCCCGUCUUGAGAUCGUGAGAGCGUGGUUGGACUCCCUGCCUGGAGAUGCCUAUGAGGAUGCCCUGGAAGAGGAAGCCAAGAGCCUGAAUGGGGAUGAGGGCCUUGACAUAUUUGAGGAUGAUAUUCCCUCAGAUGCAGAGGCAGAGGCACGUCUACACCAGUUGGAAGCUGGAGAUCCACUGCAGGAGGAUGAGGAGAAAUCUGUCAGCCACGGUCGGGUCUCCAGUCUUGUACAAUCCUCUGUUGGUCCAAUGCAAACGGAUGGUGAUGAUGUAGUCGUGGAACCUCAGUUGGAGACCAUCCAAGAAUUUCAGUCACCUUACUCACUGGCAAAAUCUUCCAGUAUGCGUUUUUUCCCUGAGCCGUAUGUUGAGGAUACCACUAAACCGGAUGUGUACGUUCCAGACACAAGCGCAAAGAGCCCAGUCUCUCCUCUGCAGUCCCCUGCAUCUCCUGUUGUCCCUGGGUCCCCCAUCCACUCGCAGUUAGAGCCGCUUCUGGACGCUGUCACUACAAAAUCGCCAACCAAACAACAGUUUUUUGCAUGUUCUCCAGCUGGGAAUCCCCUCUCCCCUAUCUGCUCUCAGCCCCUGCCCAUAGAUGAGUCUGUCAGGACACUAUCUGAAGACUCCCCCGUGCGGACUCAGCCAGUACCUACUAUUGCCUCCACACCACUGCCCUCAUCCCCAAAGGAAAAGGCUCAGGAGCCAAGUUUGCCCAAUACCACGGCUAGUCCUGUCAAAAGGUCAGACAUUAUUGAGGAGUUUUGGAUGAAGAGUGCCGAGAUCAGGAAGAGUUUGGGGCUCACUCCUUUAGAAAGAAGCAGGGGUCCACAGAAGCGUUUCUCAGUCCCCUUCGACUUGCUCUCAUCCAGGUUACACACUCCAGACGAGGUACCAGAUGAAUCAAAACCACUGUUUGGUAGCUGUUCUCCCAUCCAUAGGUUCAACAUUACUGUAGAGGGACAGGUCGUCUCACCUGUUGACAAGGAGCCUAAGACCAUUGGCUCUGUCAAGAGGGACCUUAGUAGCAGCUCUGGUCUGGACCUCAAUGGCAGCAUAACUACCAGCCAGACAUUAAAUACUUCUGAUUCUGCUAUGCUGACUCCCCCUUCCAGUCCACCCCCUCCUCCACCCAAUGAGGAGCCGGCCACCCUCAGACACAAAAAGCACCAGGUUGGCUGGAACAAUCCGUCUGAGCCUGCCGAACCAAUCACAAGAUCCCCACAAACCCCUGGCCCGUCACCAGGCCCAGAUAAACCCCCAGUUCCAUCUCCAGCCCAUGAGGACUUUAAGCCUACAGCUAUGCCUGUACCAGCUCUCAGAACAAAACCAAUAUCAGCAGUUGUCAGACGAGAGAACACUAAGCGCAAGUCUUUGGAGAGUGCGGAGGAGAUUCCGUUCGCUGAUGAUGUGGAGGACCCAUCGGAUGCCCGUACGCCUAACACAAGCCAGAAAGAAAAGUUCUACACUCCACCCACUAGCAGGCCCCAGAAGGAGAGGCCACCUAUGAACCUGGAACUGGGUAUGGAGAAUGGCACACCCAGCAUUCCCAAGAGACACAGAGACAUUUCGGAAUUCUCUCCUGAAGCUAAGGGGAUUGCGGAAGAGCGAAUGCGGGCUAGGGAGAAAAACAUUAAAAGCCAGGCUCUUAAGGAUGCCAUGGCAAUGCACCUCACUAAGAUGAAGGAAAUGGAUUCUCCGAAGGAAUCGUCAAAAGCAGCUUGGAAUGUGUCCUCUGACUCAGAAGGGAAAACAGAGUACACAUCUGUGGUAUUGAGUCCUCCUAAUGUGAUGGAAGCCAAGGUCCUUGAUUCCCAAAGGUUUGCAGAUACUUUGCCAGCGAGACUCUCCAGUAGCUGUGGCAACCAGACCCAGGAUGGGAACCAGAGUGUUGAGGGAUCUGCAGCCUCUUCAGACGGCUCAGCAGGGGGUAAAGUCAAGAAACGCAGCUCUAUCUUCUCCCCCCGCAAAAGCAAGAAAGAGAAGAAGGCUAAGAGUGAAGGCCGAUCCCCUGACAAACACAGCCAGGAAGAUUUGCCCAAGCACAAAUCUAUCUGGAAGACUGUCUUCUCAGGGUACAAGAAAGAAAAGAGAAAGAAAGAUGACAAGUCUUUGCCCAGCACACCUUCCAGUGCUUCAGCAGUGGAUUCUGAAAAGAAGAGAACCUCCCCUCUCAACAGGGCAUCGGAUGUCCAGUUGAGAAGAAACCUGAGCUUCUCAGAAGACUCUGACCUGUCUUGUGAUGAUGUGUUGGAGAAGUCUUCCCAGAGAUCUAAGGCAGAUUCUGUUAAUGUCCCUCACGCCCUGGCACUCAAGCGAGGGUACGCCAUAAAGAGAACCUACACGGAGGAGGAGCUGAAUGCCAAGCUGACAAGGAGGGUGCAGAAGGCCGCCCGCAGGCAGGCCAAGCAAGAGGAGCUAAAGAGGCUGCACCGAGCCCAGAUCAUCCAAAGGCAGCUGGAGCAGGUGGAGGAGAAGCAGAGGCAGCUGGAGGAGAGGGGGGUGGCUGUAGAGAAGGCUUUGCGGGGGGAAGCAGGGAUGUGUAGAUGGUCUUAUGUUAGUCCAAAACAACACAAAAGGCGAUCAGACUAUUGGGGAGAGUCUAAUUACAGUGAAAUCCUGGACUUGCACCUGGGCGUCGAGCCCCCACUUCGGAUCCCUCGCCGAAGACCUUUCUCCUUCUGCCCAUGCUGUGUCUCUGAAGGAAUGGGUAAGAAGGAUGACCCCAGACUCAUGCAGGAAUGGUUUAAACUGGUCCAAGAGAAGAACGCUUUGGUGCGCUAUGAGUCAGAGCUGAUGAUAUUUGCACGGGAGCUGGAGCUAGAGGACCGGCAGAGCCGUCUGCAGCAGGAGCUGAGGGAGCGCAUGGCCGUGGAAGACCACCUGAAGUCUGAGGAGGAGCUGCUGGAGGAGAGGCAGAUCCUGAAUGAGAUGCUAGAGGUGGUGGAACAGCGUGACUCACUGGUAGCCCUCUUGGAGGAACAGCGGCUGAGAGAAAAAGAGGAGGACAGAGACCUUGAGGCCGUUAUGCUCUCCAAAGGCUUCAACCUCAACUGGGCCUAAGAUGUAGACUCUGCUGACCUGAAACAGAGUACACCCCUCUCCAACGCAAUAGCCAAAGACAUGCUGGCAGGGGGCUGAUCCACCCUCCUCACUUUCAUGGAACGUGUUCAGCUUCCUGUAUACUUCCUGUCCUUCUCAUACCACCAGGACUGUUUACAUAUCACUUGUGCACUGAACAGGCCACCUUCACCAUAGUUUGCUAUUUACUUCCAUGGAAGGAGAAAGAUUCUCAGUUUUUUAUUGCUUGUUUUGUUUUAUAUUAUUUUGUUUUGCUUUUUUCUUUUUGACAGAAGGAGAAAGAGAUGGAAUGUUUAACCUGGAAGCCUGAAUAAAUGGGCAAGAAUUUUCAAGGAGAAGCAUGCAGUGGGGUUGUCACUGGAUCCCCCCCCACCAUAACUUUUAACACUGAUCGGCCUUGCCGCUAGUCACCUUCAUUGUGACUUUUAAUUGGCUGAGCUGAUAUGGGUGGGAUGGUUGUGUCCUGCUUGUCCAAUAUUCACAGGCUUGUCUAAGGAUGGACCACUGUUGGUGUAGUUGCUUUGUAACUGAAACGCAGUUUCCUUCAUUAAGGUUAUUGUACAGAGGCUUGUUUUUCUUCAUCACCAUAAAAGAGAACUAAAAGCAUGAACACAAGGUUGAAGGUCUGGAGGAGGAUCUUCUAACUGCAGUAUGAAAUUUAACCUGGCAGAAUGAAUAGGGAUUAGGGCCGUGGGUAUGGUUCUGUCAUGUGACAAUAACAUCAGACACACCCCUCAAAAUCCUGAGUUUAUUCUAUACAAUCAAUAUUUUCAAAUGGUCACCUACAAAAGAAUUGAGAUUACCUUUUUUACGUUUUUGGAUUUGCUGGUAUCUACUCAUGUGAUUUGAAUAAAAUGUGAAUCCUUUGUACAGUACAAAUGUAUAGUCAGACAUGCACGACUGGGUUGGAAGCAUGUGGCAUACCGAUCACCCAGAACACACCACACAAGAGGUGGAUGAUGUUUUCAUAAAGCUCACAUGAUGUGACAUGGGAAAGGUGACGUCUACAGCGUCCUGAUCUUUCCGUUUAAGCGCUGGAACGACAUGCCUUCUCUGUUGUAAACUUUCAAAGGUCUAUGACGUUUCAAAGGUCUAUCACGUUUGUCUAUGUCCUUCAGUUUUACGGUUCACUCCUUAAAUGUUAGAAAUUCUAUUAAUAGCAUCUCCUCCCCCCUCUUUACUCCACAUAAGAGUUCACAAUAUUAAAGACUGUUGACUUGCCUGAAUCGAGGCUGUUAAUUAUAGCAUGUAUCAUUUAUUUUGGCAAAUACAAAAGAAAAUUCUGCCAAAUUGCGCAUCGCUAUAUAUAAUGAAACAGAUGCAUAACUGCGCAUGAAAUGGGAUUUUGUACAGUCAAAAGGCCAAGCACAUGUUUAUAUGGCUUCAAGACAAAUUGUGGUAUGUCUGAUAGAGUAUUUUAUUUAUUAACAUGUCAGGUGGGAUGUAUAAUAUGUAUAAUAUAAAAUGUAAAAAAAUCCUAAUUUUUAAACUUGUGUCAACUAAAAUGUAAACGCUUGUAGCUUCGAUGCAUACACUGUUGGAUGUAUAAUGAAAAGGCAAUAAAAGCAAAGCAGAUGGUAUUUUAA